CUGAGGGCGACUUUUAUUUAUCAAGUAACAUCAUGUCAUAUCAUCAGCAGUAACAUCUUUGGCGCCAUAUUUCCUUCUAAUAUGACUAAUGAUUAUAAGACAAAAAUAUACAAAACACCAGAAACAUCCUACAUACAUGUCCAUAUAUGCUCAAAUGUUGUAAUUUGCCCAUAGGAUAAAGUCAGAAGAGACAAAAUGCCCCAAACUUAAUGUAUUUAUCACACAAAAAGUGUCAUUGACAAAACUGACAACUAAUGAUACCUAUUAUGAAUAUAUAGAAGUGAUUGUAAUUAUAAGUGAAUGUAAUUCCUAAAUGACUAGUGUGCAUACAGUAAAUCUAUUCAAAUCAAUGGAUAUUGCAGAUAUUUCCCUCAUGUCCAGGUUUAGGGUCAGAGCCUUCACUUUUAUUAUUGAUUUUUCAUACAAAGAACAAAUGUAAUGCCCAGAAGGUUAAACAGAAAUAGUCCAAGUUAAACAUACAGUAUAUCAUACAUAUCCUGAAGUAACUUUAGUAAUUCUCCAUGAACCAUUUGGGGGUCUCGACCCAGUCUUUCACAGAAUUACUGCUGUGAAAGUAGGAGGAGGAUGAAAGGGUAACCAGAGGAAGGAUGUAAGGAUGGAGGGAGGGAGCUAGAGUCCAGUGAUGCAGAGGUGGAUAAAAAAGGGCAGCGGAGGAUGAUCCACAUUUCACAUGUGAUCGCUCAGUCAUGUGUCUGUGUAUAGUCUGUGCUUUACAGAGGUGGUCCUGUAGAGAGCGGUAGAUAGUUUGUAGAAAGUGGCUGUAGUACAGCACACGGCUCCCGUUACUGUACACAAGCAGGAGGGAGGAGCAAUCGUGUAGUAUUUCUUUUUUGGUUCUUUCCCUUGUCGUUGCGACCCAUAUAAACGCUCGAGGAAGGCAGCGAAACGUGGAAAAUAAAAACACUAAGUAAUCUUUUUUUUCCACGCAGAGCUUUUGCAGUGAAGAAGGAAGAAGGAAAGAAGGAGACGUGUGAGGAGGGAGAAGCUCCUUGACGGUACGAGGACCAGCAGCAACUCAGCAUUGGAGGACAGUGCCCAAGACCGAGACAUUGGGGAAGGACGUGCAGCCAAACGUCCAUCCAGCAACACCGGCGCUACCCUCAGCCACAAACCCAGCGGAGCCCCAGCUGACUUUCACCCAGUUUCAUCCCCGCCUAAUGCGCUAACAGUCGCAGCUUGUGCCCCGGACCGCGUGGGAGGUGUUGGUGGUGGAGGUGGUUAGUGGGGGUCUGCUGGUAGAGGAGGAGGAGGUUGACGGACGAGUUCCCUCAAACCUGUGUGAUGACAGCGUGGAUCAGAAGCACAGUAACAGCACUGACGUAAGGACACCUGUCGACCGAGGGGCGGAGACGAGGCCUACCACCACACAACACGGGAGGCCUGGGGAAAUCAUUAACUGCACAAACACAUUCAAUAUGACUGGUCACCCUGGAACACCUGCUCGGUCUAUUUUAACAAUCUCAUGACUCACGAAACCACUGGCUGCAACUAUCUCAAGGUGACUGCUGAUGCCUGCCUGUGUGUUUUCUCAGUGGUGACCCAGUCAGUCCGGGACUGGAUCACUCUCCACCCGCCAUAUUCCUGAGACCAACAUCCACCUCCAGCCCUCUCUGGCCCCCCAGGCCUGCACAUUAACCCCAGUCAAACCUCCAACGACUUGCAUAUCUUGCUGCUUCUCACCAAUCUGCUUAACCGUUAUCCUCAAAAGGGGGCUCUGCUCCAUUUUGUAGACCCUUUUCUCCCUCCCAGCAGGGACGGGACCCUGUCAUGUUUCACUGACUGACCCCUCCCAACCGGCGAAUGACAAGCGUGCAUCCGAGGGUGGGGCUUGCCUCAGUCUCUCAUAAUUGGCUGCUGGAUGGAAUUAAGGUGAAUGGAACACAUGCCCAAGGAGCAGGACUCUAACCCAUCAGAGGGAGAAGAGAAACGGUGGCUCAAUGGCCCGAAGAGAAAGAGGAAGAACAGCCAAUGUUCGGUGAAGAGUAUGACUGGGUACAUCCCCAGCUACCUCGAAAAGGAUGAGCCAUGUGUGGUGUGUGGUGACAAGGCCACAGGUUACCACUACCGAUGCAUUACAUGCGAGGGCUGCAAGGGUUUCUUCCGCAGGACCAUACAAAAGAACCUCCACCCCUCCUACUCCUGUAAAUAUGACUGCUGCUGCAUCAUCGACAAGAUCACCCGCAACCAGUGUCAGCUAUGCCGCUUCAAAAAGUGCAUCGCAGUGGGCAUGGCCAUGGACUUGGUGCUGGACGAGUCAAAGCGUGUGGCCAAACGGCGCCUGAUCGAGGAGAACAGGGAAAAACGCAAAAAGGAGGAAAUGGUGAAGACCCUCCAGAACCGUCCGGAGCCCACCGGGGCCGAGUGGGAGCUGAUCCGCCUGGUGACCGAGGCCCAUCGACACACCAAUGCUCAGGGCUCACAGUGGAAACAGAAGCGAAAAUUCCUGCCGGACAAAAUCGGCCAGUCCCCGGUGGCACCCACAUCAGACGGAGACAAGGUGGACCUGGAGGCCUUCAGUGAAUUCACCAAGAUCAUCACUCCUGCCAUCACUCGUGUCGUUGACUUUGCCAAAAAACUGCCCAUGUUCUCUGAGCUGCCUUGUGAAGACCAGAUCAUCCUGUUGAAGGGCUGCUGCAUGGAGAUCAUGUCGCUGCGAGCCGCGAUGCGCUAUGAUCCAGACAGCGAGACUCUGACGCUCAGUGGAGAGAUGGCAGUGAAGAGGGAACAGCUGAAAAACGGUGGCUUGGGUGUGGUGUCGGACGCCAUCUUUGAUUUGGGCAAGAGCCUGGCGCAGUUCAACCUGGACGACACAGAGGUGGCGCUAUUGCAGGCGGUGCUGCUCAUGAGCUCAGACCGCUCUGGCCUGACCUGCGUGGACAAGAUCGAGAAGUGUCAGGAGACGUACCUGCUAGCAUUUGAGCACUACAUCAACUACCGCAAGCACAACAUUCCUCACUUCUGGCCCAAGCUUCUGAUGAAGGUGACAGACCUGCGGAUGAUCGGGGCGUGCCACGCCAGCCGCUUCCUUCACAUGAAGGUGGAGUGUCCCAAUGAACUCUUCCCUCCGCUCUUCUUGGAGGUCUUUGAGGAACAGGAUGUGUGAAACACAGCUGCCACAGAGCGAGAGAAAAACAAAGUCGGGGGAAAAUGGUCGAUGGGAAGGGCCAUUGUUUUUUUUUGGUAGGGGAAGGAUGGAGGGAGGAACCUGCCUUUCUCUGACAUCACAUUCUCAGUAUGUGAUUAAAAAAAAGAAACUGGAAACAACAAUGACAAAUCAACACACCAGCAGCAGAAGAGUCAAGCAAACAAAGGAUUUUUUGUUUGUUUGUUUGUUUGUUUGUUUUUUUAAAAAACACCCCUCCUCCACGUCUUUCCCCUCCUUCUACUUGCCCCGGUUUAAAAUCCGAGUGGGGGCCCUUCUGUCUGAGCAUGAUGUCUUAUCUAGCAAGAGUUGUAGCCAUUUGCCAAGACACACUCAAAGAGACACACACACACACACACAGACACACACACACCCUGAUCCACCUCAAUUCUUCAGAGCAGCACCAGUUGCGGGGGUCAGUUCCCGCCUCUGGUUUUUUUGUAGCUGCCACAGAUAAACACAGACAUCACGAAAGCCAGCGUCUCCAGCGUCCCCGCUGGCCAGCACCUCUCAGUAUUAUCCACGAGUAAGUGUUAGGUGUGAAAACAAGGUCAAAUAAACUCAACACUCACACAGAAAACACAUACACACACAAUCAGCAAAUACUGCACUUGGGAUUUCCAGUAGAUGUUUAUUGCGAUGAUUGGAGUGUAUACAGCAGUUGGAGUAGAAAAACCACCAGAGCUGGUUGUUUGUUGUCAAUUUCUUACAGUCAAUCUGAGCCGUUACAGCUGUUGUGGAACUACUUCUUACGUCUUACAUCCUUUUUUGAAAACCGGUGCUAUAUUUAUAUACAAGGCUACUCCACUUUUAUGAACUUGUGUUGUCUACCUUUGAAAAAACAAACAAACAAAAAAGUGCAGAUCAUGGCUUCAUAUCUACCUUCAUUUUUGUCAUCGGACCAGCUCCUGUGACAUAGCACACGCACACACAUACACAAAUACACACUUUACACACACACACACAUACUGACACACUCAUAGAUGAGCAGACCUGCUUAGUCACUGCCCUGGGCUGCUUGAGAUGGCAGCACCGCGUCCUCUGAAUGACAAUUAAGGCCUCUUUCUAAGGAGUUACUGCAUGUACAGGGAAGGGAGGAGAUGAGGAGACAAGGAGAAAGGAGCACAGACAGAGGGAGGAAACAAGAUUUAAUAGCUGGCGCGUAGAUUCAGAGCCCAUGGGUCGGGAGUAAAUCUCCUCAACCCGCCCUCCUAAGAGGUUUUGAAUAGCAGAAGCAGGACAGCAGAGCUCAUCCACACGUAUACACACACACACACACACACGUACAUGUACACAAAAAGACAACAUCACCUCAAAGUAACGUGAAUGCCUCAUAUUACUGUAUUCACUGCGGUGGCAGUGUUUAUAUACAGCCCUAACCUGCAGGGUUUUUCGAGUCCUCUCCUCAUGGACUCCGCUCAGUGUGGCCCCUCCAGGCUUCCAUACACAUUGGCCUUUUUUUGACCACGGGCGUCACUGAGAGCAGGCGAAUGCCAAGAAGGCUACAUUUUUACCUCAGUGUGGACACACCCCUAGGCUGGAGCAGCAGUACUGCCCCUGUGGUUUCAGGCACUACCUCACCUCUGUGGACACAGGGCAGCUACCCACAGCCUACACAUACACACAUAACCCACGAAAGUGUAGAGUAAUACACAAAUGUGCAGAUGUUUUUUUCUUUUUUAUGUGUAGGCGCACACUUGUAGUCAUGAGAAAACACAAAGACGGCAGACAGUGCGUACGCAGACACACACUCACGCUCACACACACACACACACACCCUCAGUGCUAUCACUUGGUUGAAAUUGAAAUACCACUGAAGACAGGAGGGCCAGCCAUCACCCUGGAUGCUUUUUCACUCACUCCAGGGAAUGGUACCCAUUACAUUCGGGUUGUCUGUUUUUGUUAAAUGGGACCAAGUGUCAUCUAUUGAAAGAUUUGAAUUUACUUAUUUCUGUCGAAAGGAAGAAAGAAAAACAAAGCAAUGAAGGACAGUUUGGAUGUGCAGCCCAGCUGAGUCGCAACAGAGCGAGGAAACAGAGGAACGACAAAGAGAUUAAGAGUUUUUGGAACCAGUGAUGAUGAUUGUGGUCGUGGAAUUUGAAUGUACAGAGAGGACGGGAUGAGCGCAUGGCUGUGACGGCUGCCACUGGGUGAAUAUGUCGGUAGAAAUGCGUUAGAUGACGUUUGUUAAAUAAGGGUUUGUUUUCAACUGCAAUCGAACCUCUUCAGGUAAAUUUUACUGACAUCCACGGCAGACGUCGUAGUAGAUUUAAGCCAAAUUACUAUAAUUGAUUAUGAAUUGGAUUUUUUAAAGUCCUGUCUGUUCAUUACAAUUCUGCGGCUGUGCUGAAUCCAACUGACUUUUGAAACAGAGACCGAGACGAUCUUUUAAUCCGAUGCCAAGCAGUAGUUCAAACUGAGCACUUGUACAGGAUGAGUACAGGUGUUCGCCCCUCGGGAAGUACCUGAGCAGUGGAAUGUUUAGCAGGAAUCAUGGGUAAUUUUCACAUGGCCGAGCAAUGCUGUUAAAAAAAGAGAUGAGAUGAGAGUGAAACGGAGCACAGUCUGGAGAAGCAAAGAUCAAGUCUGGUCUGACGCCCAAUGAAAACCCCGUCGUCCAGCACUUGACCACUCCCAGAGAUCCCUCACCAUCUACCCCACCCUUACCCCCCUCUCACCUUACUCCCUGGAGCCAAGCUCCGAUUGUACGGAAGCCCACCCAGUAAGACAGCCCCCACCUAGCCAGGCUGGUGGAAUUUUUUUUGCACUACUGCAGUGACCCCCGACCCCCUAUUUUAAAACCCCCUUAAUCAUGAAAAUGUAAUCAUGGCCUCUUGUUGGAUUAUGCAUUAAUUCUCCCUCUGUCCCCCUGAUGUUGUAAGCUGACAUGCUCUGUGUGACAGAGACUGGCAGUUGCAGUGGGCUCAGUCCCAAACCUGUCUUGUUGUCAGUAUUAGACCAACAGCACAUUACCCUGAGAUCUGUGCAGAUUAGGGCUGCGUCGCACUUACUCAGAUCAUGACCCCCCAACCACCCACCCUCCAAUACCCCCAUCCCCUGAUUCAGCCCAGUGAAAAUCCAUUUUCCUAACACACCUCCUUAAACUUCCGUUGUCUCACCUCUGCUCCUUCCCUCUCCCUAAAACCUAGCUAUCGCACCCAUCCACUCACUGCUGGUUGAGAUGUUCCCCAGUUUGGCCCUGAAUCAUUGAAAACCAAAUUGGGAUCCAGGCCUGUCCCUUGUGAGACAAGGCUGGCCGUAACUGCCCUUAAGAGUGGCACCACCGAAUGAAUGUGAACAGCAAAAGCAACAGCAGCCGAAAACAUAAGGAAAAAUAAAGACUUGAGCGUGAGAAUUUGCAAGGAUGUGAAAGAAGAGGAGAACAUGGGAUGGAUGACAAAACAGCUGAGGGUCUCCACCCUCACUACCAUGACUGACAUGGGUGAGAGAGGGUGAUGUGGCUGGUUGUAGAGACGGUUUUAACAAACACUUGGAGGAAGAGGGGACGGGAAAAAUGUUUCUUCUUUUUUUUUCCCACAACAGCCCAACGUGAGCCUCCGCCUCUAUGCCAACUGGGAACGCCAAAUGCCCCUCCGCCCCGCCGACAGCACCCUCAAAGAGGAUUACUCCGACAUUGGUAUGAUAAGGAUCAGGAAGAGAUCCAUUCCAGAGAUGUAGGUUUGGAAUCUGAAGCCGUCUUUGCAAAAGAACAGAGAAGCAGGAAAAGAGAAAGAGAAACAUUGACAUCCGUUCUUUUGUGAGCUGACUGGAUGUCCGUGUGACUGCAGGGGUUAUAACGCUGCUUUACAUUCAGUCUGUUUUAGAGUAAGGAAGAAAAAAAGAUAUAUGAAAUUAUUAUAAAUCCAUAAAACAAAAAUGAAAAGAGAUGACUUUAAAAAAGAGACUCCUGAAUUAAAAUUAUUGGGAGAUUUUCCAUUUUAUCAUUUUCUUAUUUUUCUGUUGAUGUUUUUUUUUUUGUUGUUGCUGUUGUUGUUGUUGUUGUUGACGCUUAAACUGCUCUGUGUAAAAGAGGGAAAAAAAGAGCUGUAGUCACUUUUUGACCAUGCGUGCAGUGUAACAUAGAAAAUAUUUCACUUCUUUUUCACAUCUAUAGUUUGUGUUGAUAAGCCAACUGAUCUGUUUGUCUGUGUCUGUCUUUUGUCCGUCCCCUCGCAUCAGGAGGAAUUUACAACCAACAAAAACAGGAAUUUCACUUUUUUUAUGUUUUUUUUUUUUUAACAAAUAUAACACCAGAGGAAAAAAACUCACAACAGGAAAAAUAAUGCAACAGAAACUGAAAAAAAAAGAAAAAAGAAAAAAAAAAUAAACACAAUCUUGUCAUACCUCACUCAACAAAAAAACUCAAAGGAUCAUGGGAGGAGUCAUAUUUUGCAGGCACAUGUGAAAGUUCAGUGAUGCAUAUAUAGAUUUAAAAAAAAAAGUUUAAAAUGUUAAGAUAAUAUGUGCUUGUGUGUACCCAUCAGUACAAGUUACAAAAGGACACGUCCCUCAAUCUCUGGUGCACUUUAUCCUGAAAGAUUCUGGUUCUCAGACGAGUGGAGAGAGAAGAGUCAUCUGCUGAUGUGAGCGCUCCUUCAGCCCCGCGGCACAUUCCACAGACGGUUAACUCAAAAAUGUGAACGGCCCGGAAACUGAGGGACGGUGCCUUUUGUGAUGGCUGAGUGUUCUAUGGUAUUGAAUGUAGCUGACAGGAGGGGGCUGGACCAUGAGCCUGGACCCCACAACCUAACUUCCACACACCAGCAGAAAUGAUGAGUGUUGUCACAGGUUACAAACGACCAACGAAACUGAGAAUAUAUAUUGCCCAUCUGCAAGGUGCAAUACUAUGUUAUGUAUUUUUCUAUGUUUUCUGUUUUUACUUUCACCUUACAUUUAUUUUGGCCAUAACCAAGGAUGUAAAUACAAAAAAAAUCCAACACUCGAGAUUUAUUGCAAAGUAAAUUUGAACUGCCCCCCCUCCCACUGUCGUGUACAAGAUGUUAAAAAAGAAAAACAAAAAAACAAAAAAACAAAAAAAACAAAGUGAUGUGUAAUGAUCCUUGCAUUAGUGUGUGCACUCUCUCACGUGCAUGCAGAAGCAUUUGUCAGAAGUGCUCCAUGAUCUGAAUCAUAAACCCUGUGCCUCCUCUUUUUUGCAAAGAGAUAUUUGUAUCCCACAUAUUCCGGAAACACAACACUUUACACAUUGGACUGCGUACCUACAGCUGUGUUUGUUCACCACAGAACCGGAUUCAGUUCUUCUCCCACUGUUCAUGUGAGUGUUGUCGGUAGGGUUGGAAAAUUCCAGAAAUUGAACAAGUGGAAAACCUUCCAUGAGACCUUUUACAUGAGUAAAAACUAAACUAGAACUGACUGGACAGUCCAGUACGUUUGACCUGAUUUAGACUACAGGACUUAUAUUAUAAUUAUAUUCAGAGCAAAAAAUUAUUAGUGCAAAUAUUUUAAACACAAAAAAAUACAUGAUGGUCAAAAUGAGUUCUUAUUGGUCCAAUUGUUUAUCCUGAAGUUAUCCUGUCUUAACAACACAACUACAACAGGAAUACAAGCCUACACCAUAAUCAAUGGAGGAAGCUAAACAAUAUUUCAUUUUUCAUACAAAACUGUAUGUUAAAGUGUUAGAGCUAGCUUUCUGGUUGGACACAUUUUUGAAGCUUAACUUCUCCUGGAAGGUUACUGGAAAUUUGAUGGAAUUCUGUACAUCUUUCUAACCCUACUCGUCAGCUGCAGCCAUGUUGGCAGUAAGAUGUUAUUUGCUGUGAAUGUGAGCUAACGUGGCUGCUCCACACCCACAUAAUAGAUGGGAAAAUUUCCAACUGGGUUCCACCAUUUGUUCCAAAGCUCGUAGCCUCCCAUAAGCCAGCCUUAACACCUGACAAGCUCAGUCCUUGGACAUAGACUCGUCAAGAGACUUUAAAAGGCUGAUAUUUUUAUUCCUAUAGUUUACUGUUUGAUUCCUCAGAUAAUAACUACUCAUAAGUCAGACAGUGGACAAACACAUUAUAAACAGGAAAAAUAAGUCUCAAUAUUUUCUCAGGCUCGCAUUCAUUUGUGCCCUCACCCAAA